UCGUCGUGUCACGAGCAAAUCCAGUCCGCUUGGACCUCGCUCGCAUCGGACAAAGGAUUUUCGUGGAUACCUCGUGUAUAUUUCGUAUACUCUGAUCAUAAUCCCAUAGCCCCGUCAUCGUACGCGCUGCCGGGGCCGUCGCGCCGAUAAAUCUCGUGCGUUUUCCUCCAGUCAAUUCGUCAGUUAAUCGUCCCUCUGGAUCUCCCGCUUCGCGCGCGUCUCCACUACGCGGGAAGCGAGGUGCGUUAAAUGCCGAGGUGAUCAACGGAGUGUCAUGGUUCCAAUGAAUGGAAAUAUUCGCCGUUCACGAGUAGCUUCGACUCACUACGUACGGAUACGUUUUCGUGCAAUUUCUACGUGCGACGCGACAGCGUUUACCUGCGACGUAUCUCCCAUGGAAAAUCGAGAGGGCUGAAGGAUUACAGGCGGAAAUAUGCCCGGACGAUCGCCGGCGAGGGCGUACGAGCGGCCCAUUACGAGCGAGGGUCGCGGAUCCGCCGCCACUUGAAUGUCACCGCGGGAGAACAAAUGACCAGGGCGCGGGAUGGGCGAGUCCUGGCUCUCGGUCCUACUCGCUGCUACGCUGACAACGAUGACGAUGAUGGCGGUGACGAAGGCCGAUUCAUCCUCGACGCCGUCUCUAUCGACGACCGCUCGUGACGACAUCGAUUCCAAACGGGCGGCCAUCGAGGAAGCCUUGGAUGUGAUAGAGGCGGCAUCGACGGGUUCUCUGGGCGAGGUUUGCGUCAGCACGGCGGGAUUUAAGUCUCUUCCGGCUGGUGUCGCCCUGGACCCGCGGCGUUACGACACGGCGCGUCAGAAGGCCGACAUGACCGCUAUGGUGCUUCGGAAUCUCGGGGCUGCUGAAGCGAUGCGCGAUGCGCACCGUAACGCUCUUUUAGACGCCCUGACCAAGUCCCUGCUCGUAUCGGUGGACGACGCUGUCGAGGCGCGAGUGAUCGCGCUCAACGCAUCCACCGGCACGGUGAUCACCGCGGUGUGGCUGAAACGUAGUCCCGGGAGUGUCGGCGAGCCCACCAAGGUUGAGAGUCAUGCGGUACAGCCCGGUUCGCAACCGGAUCCCAACUUGCCGUGGUUCGAGAACGCAGGCAGCAGCGCCGGAUUAAGGGGUUGGUGGACCAUCCCGUACUUCUCCUGCAAGACUCACCGCUGGCUCAUCUCGUAUAGCGUCAACGUGAAACCGCCAGACGUCCAACCCGGAGUGAGGGAAUUUAUCAGCAUGGAUAUCGAUAUAAGCGGGUUGGAGGUAAAUCAGUGCGACGCCCCGAUACAAAACCGUAACGAUGGGCUCGAGACCGCCUCAGGCAAUCAGAUAGCCUUUUUUAAGGGUACUCAUAAGUGUCAUACCGAUACCACGCAAUGUGUGUAUCAGGGGCCCGGCAAUCGAGUGAACGCAAACGGGGUGGGCGCCGGUUGGGCGAAAGGCGCGUACGUGUGUAAGUGUCGGCAAGGCUUUUACAGCGUCAGUCAUCAUCGGUCUGGUUUCGAUGGGAUCCUCGUGGAAGCCGCGUGGAAGGAAAUGAGGGAGAAUAAGAGUGUCUCUUACGAGAAGGUAUUUCUAUGUUUGCGUUGCGCACCGGGAUGCGCCAGGUGUAAAGGCCCCGAGCCUUGCUUGGCGACGUACAACUGGCCGUUUAGAAUCUCGCUGUUAGCUGUUUCAAUUUUCUGCGCGUUUGGCACCAUCGUCCUGGUGGCGUACAUGUAUCAGCAUCGUAAACUAAAGGUAUUCAAAGUCGCUUCCCCGAUAUUCUUGUCUAUCACGCUUCUGGGCUGCGCGUUGAUGUAUCUCGAGAUGGCCGCUAUAUUCCCGGUUCUCGAUAUGUAUUCGUGCAUCGCCACAAAAUGGACGAGACAUAUGGGAUUUUGCGUCUCGUAUACAGCACUGUUGAUGAAAACCUGGCGAGUUUCGCUUACGUAUCGAGUGAAAAGCGCCCACAAGGUUAAACUGACGGAUAAACAGUUGCUGCAGUGGAUGGUGCCCAUCCUGCUGGUGAUGCUGAUCUAUCUCGGAACAUGGACCGUCAGCGCGCCGCCUUAUGCAGAGGUAAUCGCGGAUAAUCACGACUUGAAGUUCUACCAGUGUUCUUACAAUUGGUGGGAUCACAGUCUGGCUAUCGGUGAAAUUCUCUUUCUCGCUUGGGGCAUAAAGGUAUGUUACAACGUGCGAAAUGCGGAGAGUCUGUUUAACGAGGCCCGUUUGAUAAGUUACGCCAUUUACAAUAUAGCCGCGGUGAAUAUAACCAUGAUAGCCAUUCACCUCUUCAUAUUUCCCCGUGCCGGGCCGGAUAUCAAAUAUCUGUUGGGCUUCCUGCGGACUCAGCUUUCGACGUCCGUUACGGUCUUCCUUGUAUUCGGCCCUAAAGUAAUCAGAGUAUUGCGAGGCCAAGGAGAUCAGUGGGACAGUCGAGCGAGGGCACGCGGCGUCACCGCCAGCUUUUCCUUGAAUGGAAUUGGUCUAGUGCCAGAGGAGACGACGGACUUGUAUCAGGAAAACGAAGAGCUUAAGGAAGAGAUUCAGAAGUUGGCCGCGCGAAUCGAAUUCAUGAAGAUAGUACAUAUGGAGAUGCAUAACCGACACAUCAAACCGAAGAUGGGCGGUUAUUUUAGCACACAUGGUCAUGGUCACGGGCAUCCAUCCGCCGGCCAGAGUCCUAUCGCUAAAAGCUCAACGGCCAGCUUUAUUCUCAAACAGACGGCCGUAGAGCGAGGUGCAACGGCAGCCGCAGCCGCGGCCGUCGAGGACUCGACCUUUCCGUCCGGAAGUCUGCACAGAGCACGAAGGUCGGAGAUGCUGAGAGAAAGGAAGGCGGAAAGGGAGAGGGAGCGCGAAAAGGAGCGAAACAAGGAUAAGGAGCAGAAGGAGAAGCCGCGAACAAGCGGUGAGAAGGUUUGACUAGUGGUCAAUAGUGAGGAGGUAUGGUUGUGACGAAGACAGUGUCUCGACGAAAAUAAGAAGGCGCGAAAGAAUUGGAGAAAAGGAAGAAAGAAGAAAUUGGAGAUAUUCAGAUUGUAUCCCUUAAAGGACAGGAGAUUGCCCGUCUUUGUAUGAAACGCCGUAUUAAUCAAAACUCAUCGAUCACUGUCUUCACGCCGUUGUGAUAGCGAUAUCUUCGUAAUUACUAUAAAUGUACACGAUAUAUCUCUUGAAAUCAAAAUCUUUAAUGGAUUUGAGGACGCGCGAAAAGCGAAAGGGGCGACAACGGCGGCGAGUAUUUCGUGUCUCCGUUUAUUUUCGUAACGGCAGCUAUCAUGAGAGCACAAUUUUCCAAAACAGCAAAAAAUUUUCCAAAAGUGGGACAUAAGACGUCCAAAAGACAUCAUCUAGACAUCAUAAGACGUUUUAAUUAUGACCCAUUUUGGAUAUGCGUGCUAUUGCGUGCUGUCUAUCCAUAUAAAUCAAUAUCUUAUUUCUUUUAAUACGAAAGUUCUCGAAUGACGCACAGUUAGCACGUUGGCAAAACUAAAGAUAAUUGUAGUUAAGAAAACUGAGACGUGUAUCGUUGAGAGAUCGAUCGAAGUAAAACUGCGAUACUAAGCUGUCACAAAAUGCACAAAGGAUGCGCAAAGGCGAGUUCGCGAGUCGUCGUCGUCGUCUUGAACGAUAUAUAUUAUUUCGCUUUUCGCAAGCGCGUGACAUCACUUCAAUGCGUCAGUAUUUGAUAGAAAGUAUAAGAAAACUCGCGUGUGACUUUGAGUUAUCUCCUUGUAAAAAUCGUACGCGUACGAUUGCGCGCGUACUUUGUUUAAGCAGCGCCCUAGACGUAUUCGAUAUUAAGGUCAGCGAAGGGUAUGAAGAUGCCUUUCUUAAAUGUUACAUAAAUCAUCGUAUUUUACCGGAUUUCAAAUAUAGCACCGUUUCUGGCGGCUUUAUCAUGCCAAGGUGACAACACAUCGACGGAUAUUUAAAUACAAUUUGAAUGUGAAUGUUAAUUUAAGCGAAUAAUAUAAUGCGAGUAUAAUAACAUGCGUACUUUCCCGAUUUCGAUACAGAUUUAAGGAGAUCCAAAGUCGUCUGUUUUAUUGACCGAAUGCGAUUAUUUUUCAGCAUACUAUUUUUCUAAUUGUUUUUAUACGAUUUAUAAAUCCUUUUCCACAAUUAAAGUAUAGGCAUCAAUCUAAAUCGUGAUGUCGGUUGACUUUAUGUCGUAAGAAAAAUUUAAGAAAUUUAUACUUCUUUUAUCGGUUUUUACUGCAAUUAGUCCAACAUAUAUAGCGUCUAGAGCUCUCAACUUGAGUCAAUAUUUGCUUCAUACAAAAAUUCUGGAGUGCAUUUAUACAAAAUAAAAAUGGCUUGAUAUGCAAUGGAUUGGAUUACACGAAAAUAAAAUGUUGAGUUCUUAGAGUUAGAUUCAGAUUCCUAAUAAGAUUAAGUGCCUGAAAAUUUGUAAAAUGUGCGCGAUAUUGAUGUAGUAGUAAAUAUCAACACAUUACACAUCAAUAUUGCACACACAUACGCACAAAUAGUCGGUAAAACAGCGAUAUCGUGGAAUUCUUCAAUUUCCUUAGGAUCCCCUUAACUCGAUAAAUGUAUGUCAUUGAACGUGUAGGGAAUCGUUUCCGUUACACAUUCAUACACACGCACGCACGCGCGCACAUACGUUAAGUUUACGACUUCAUUUACAAAUCGUAUUCGAGGUGAGAUGUAAUUCUCCCUCACGCGCUCUUAUUAUCUCUUAUUUGUGUACCACUUUACCCGACAUUUAUAUUACCUACGUUUUUUGCUCAUUUCCGAAGCGUAGAGUCGCAUCUCAAGUUGCAAACAACCGAACGAUAAUUAAUUCGUAACAGAUUGUAUAAAUGUUACAUGUGACAAUAAAGUUACACAACGGGCUGUAAAAAUUAAAAAAAGAAGAGCUAUCAACUUUGCUGACGACCGUAGAUUCGCGUUUGGGGAAAAGAUAAGAUAAAUAAAAGGAGAAAAAAACGAAAAAAGGCUGAAAAGAGAUAGAGAUAGAAAAUCGUGCGAUAAAGCGAUUAAUGGUUUAUGAAGACUUUGCCUUGUUAGUUUACACUUUUUUAAGGGUGUUUACGUUUUCACGAUGUAGAACGCUGUUAUCGUAGAUUGCGUACAGUCGUGCGUUGACAACGACCGACAGAAGAUAUUGCUGUUCGUGUCUAAGAUAUUUAUCGUAACGUAAUAAUUGUUGAAUAAUGUGACUAUGUAAGAGAAAAAGAGAGAGAAAGAGAGAGAGAGGGGGGAGGGAGAAAGAGGGGAAGAAACAAAGAGACGAGUGAUAUAUGUGUAUGAGUUGCGAGUACAACAUAGAUGAUAUACGACUGUGAAAAUUUGUCAAGUGUAGCAAAUUUUGCGCGAAAUUCCAUGUCUAUAGAAGCCGGCUUGUUUUUUAUUUUCUUAAGCGGCCCCUUGACGAUCAAUAUUAUUGCACAAUAUUUAAUAUUGUACAACAUUAUUGCUCAUCUGUAGGCUGUAUUGGAAGUUUAUUUAAAUUAUCUAAAGAGAGCAUCAGUAAUAUGUAUAUGUAUAAUAUAAUUGUACAAUAAUAUUGAUCACAUUGUACAAUAUAAAUGUAUAUAUAAUAAUAUUGCUCGUCUUAGGAGCCACUUUACGGAUAUUAAACGGACAGAGCGUUUGCUCGAAAAUCGAAAA